AUGAAGAAAGCACAGCUAGUUCUAGUCCCUUCUCCUGGAAUUGGCCACCUUGUAUCCACCAUCGAGUUUGCCAAACGCUUGCUUGAUCAAGAUGAAAGUUUCUUAAUCACAGUUCUUGUCAUCAAAGCUCCGUUUGCUCUUGACGUAGACACCUUCAAUCAAUCACUCACUACCAUCGAUACUCGAAUAUCCUACAUCACUCUUCCUCAAGUAACCCCACCUGAUGAUCAAGACCCUUUUAGGUCCCCUGAAAACUAUUUUUCUAUUUUCCUCGAGAGACAUAAGCCUCAUGUAAAAGAUGCUAUCCUUAACCAUGUUAUGUCCAAAAAGUCAUCAGUACCGGUUGUUGGUUUGGUUGUUGACUUGUUUUGUUCUUCAAUGAUUGAUGUUGCUAAGGAACUUGGGAUCCCUUCUUAUGUUUACAUCUCUUCUAGUGCAGGCUUUCUUGGUCUCAUGCGUCAUCUUCCAACAAGGAAGGAUCAGGUUGGGAUUGAGUUCAAGGAAACUGACCCUGACUUGAUUGUUCCCUGUUUUUUCAACCCUGUGCCUGCUAGGGUUAUGCCAUCAGUGUUGUUGAACAAGGAUGGUGGGUACAUCUGCUUUGAAAACCAUGCGAGAAGAUUUAAAGAUACUAAAUGUUUUAUCGUCAAUACAUUUACUGAGCUUGAAUCCCAUGCAGUCAGCUCUUUUUUGGGUGGAGAUACACCACCAGUAUAUACAGUGGGGCCACUACUAAAUGUCAAUGGCCAGAGUUUGAUGGAAUCAAAUCUGGAUGAUCAACAUGGUAAGAUCAUGAAAUGGCUUGAUGACCAACCAGAAAAAUCAGUUGUGUUCUUGUGCUUUGGAAGUAUAGGGCGUUUUAGUGAGGCUCAAGUGAAAGAAAUUGCACUUGGGCUGGAACAAAGUGGACAUAGAUUCUUAUGUUCCAUUCGUAAGCCACCACCGGAAGGACAAUUUGCAAUGCCUAGUGAUUACAUGAACUUUGAAGAGGUCUUGCCAGACGGGUUCUUGGAAAGAACAAAACAUAUUGGCAUGGUAUGUGGAUGGGCUCCCCAAAUACAAGUCCUAGCCCACAGAGCUGUGGGAGGAUUUGUAUCACACUGUGGAUGGAACUCGAUUUUGGAAAGCUUAUGGUAUGGUGUACCUGUUGUGACAUGGCCAAUGUAUGCCGAGCAACAACUUAAUGCAUUUCAAACGGUGAAUGAUUUGGGAUUAGCCAUAGAAAUGACAUUAGAUUAUAGGAUGGAUUCUAAUGAACUUGUUGUGGCUGAUAGGAUAGCCAAGUCUGUAAAAUCAUUGAUGGAGGAACGGAGCACCGUGAGAAACAAGGUUAAAGCAGUGAGUGAAGCUAGCAGGAAAGCUGUGGUGGAGGGUGGAUCUUCAUUUGCUGCAUUUGGAGACUUGAUUGAAAUCAUGCUAUCUUGAAGAUUUUUCUACCAUUUAAACUCUAUGAACCAUUUAAUAUAUGUUUUUUUAGCA